AUGUCUCAUCAACUCCACUCUUCAGCCUUCGGUCUUCACAUCAUUGUGAGAAGGACCACCAUGUUGAUUCUUCUUCUCGCGGUUUUGCUUGCCUUUUCAGGCCCAAUCAAAGGAGAACAGCAUUUGGAUGGAGGUGGCGGUGGUCUCGUGGUGCCUCCUCCUGAUCAGAGCAGCCAUCUGGCUCCUUCUCCCCAAACUUCUCCAAAGAGUAAUCCAACUCCACUUACAUUGACUGGUCAUUUGCCUCAUCUUCGGACCCCAUUGACCCAGCCGCCUCCACGAGGCUGUGUUCAAGUGAAGAUAAACGUUUGGCCGUGCUUCCUCGUUUUUUGCGCAGCAGAAUGUCUCCUGGAGUCAUAUAGGGGCGGCCUGUGUCGUGGAGGUGCCUGCUAUUGUGUCAAGUGUCCCGUAGCAAAGACUAGUCCGUCAUUACAUUGA